CUUCAGAUAUCCAAUGGUAUAAAAGCACAACUUAGUACAUGAUCCUUCAUCAUUCUAAGGAAACACAUUGAUCAACUAAACAAGGAUGAAGACAUUCGUUGCACUUUUGCUUGUCGCCCAUUGCGCAUCAGCAAAAAUAUGGGAAGGUUCCUGUGGCCAGCUCGGUAGCAAACGUAUCGUAGGUGGUAACGACGCAACCGCCCACUCCUGGCCAUGGCAAGCUAGUCUCCAGCAAUCUACAUGGUGGUCCUCUGGGCAUAUCUGUGGGGCGACCCUGGUGCACCCACAGUGGGCUAUCACAGCCGCACAUUGUGUUGAAGGAUCAAGCCGCAAUGAUCUCCAAGUUGUAUUUGGAGAACAUGACAGAACUACCGCCACCGGAAGAGAAGUAACAAGCCAGAUCCAGGCAAUUAUCCAGCACGAGAAUUACGACCAGAAUGGCGAUGGCUUCCCUUACGACAUUGCCCUAUUGAAGCUGUCAGAGCCUGUCCCUCUUGGACGCUACAUCCAGCCCGCCUGCAUGCCUAAAUCUUCCAACCAAGUGUUCCUCAACGAGGAGUGCUGGAUUUCAGGAUGGGGAUCAACCCAAGGUGGUAACGACAACAGCGUGCUCCAGGAGCUCCAGAUCCCAGUGAGGACCAACAGCGAAUGUGCAAACUCUUGGGGCGCUAACUACAUUGAUGACUUCCAUAUCUGCAUCGGCAAUGGAGACAUCGGAGCUUGCAACGGCGAUAGCGGUGGCCCUCUUCAAUGCAACAUCAAUGGCGAGUGGGUGUUGGCCGGAGCCACUAGCUGGGGAUACAGCGGUUGUACUACCAGAGGAUAUCCCAACGUCUACGCUAGAAUCAGCUUCUUCCUCGACUGGAUCGAAAACAAGGUCGCCAAUAACUAAAUAUCUGAAAGCGCCAUUUCUUUUGUAAAAUGAUAUUUAAAAGCGUUCAAUAAAGUUUAUUUGUACUAUAUUAUAA